AUGACCAAGCUGCAUGGAGCUGUUGCGUCCGAAAGUACAAUCUGUUCUGGCAUAGGACGCGAUCUGCUUCUGAGAGGAGGCACAGCCGCUGAUGCAAUGGUCGGUACAGUCUUUUGUGUCGGUGUGAUCGGCAUGUAUCACUCGGGAAUCGGAGGCGGUGGCUUCAUGCUGGUCAGGGGCUCUGAUGGAGAGUACGAGUUCAUCGACUUCCGAGAAACAGCGCCUGCGGCCGCGUUCCAAGACAUGUAUAAGAACAACACGAACGCCAGUAUCUAUGGAGGCUUGGCAAGCGGAGUUCCUGGAGAGGUUCGUGGACUGGCACACUUGCACCAAAAGUAUGGGAAACUACCUUGGAAAGAGGUCAUGCAAGGCGCAAUUAAGACGGCUCGCUAUGGUUUCCCGGUCACCGCCGAUUUGGUCCGCUACAUGGCCUCUGCCACAGCAGGCCAGACCACCAAUUUUCUUGUUGAUGACCCGAACUGGGCUAUCGAUUUUGCACCCAAUGGCACUCUGUUGAGACUCAACGACACAAUUACCCGUCAGCGUUAUGCUUCAACUCUCGAAGCCAUUGCAGAGCGUGGACCCGAUGCUUUCUACACUGGCCCUAUUGCUGAAGCCAUGAUCGAUACGCUUCAAGCAGCCAACGGCACAAUGACCAUGGAAGAUUUGAAGAACUACACUGUGGCAAUUCGUGAUCCUGUCGAGAUCGACUAUAGAGGAUACAAGCUCAAGAGCGUGAGCGCACCAGCAUCAGGUGGCGUGGUACUGUCCAUCAUGAAUAUCUUGGAAGGUUAUAACAACAUGGGUGAAGAAGCAUACCUGAAUCUCAGCACUCAUCAUCUUGACGAAGCAACACGCUUUGGAUACGGCUUCCGUGCUUCCAUGGGAGACCCUCUGUUUGUCGAGGGUAUGGAUGAGUACCAAGCCGAGAUUCUCAAUGCAACCACGGCGGCAAAUGCUCGCCAUCUCAUUUCAGACACGCAUACUCUCAACGUCUCAACUUUUGAUCCUCGCAACCUCGAGAUAAAAGACACUCCUGGAACUUCACAGGUUGUGACUGCUGAUAGCUCGGGCAUGGCUAUUUCGCUCACCACAACAGUCAAUCUUCUGUUUGGUAGUCAGCUUAUUGUUCCUUCGACUGGAGUGAUAAUGAACAACGAGAUGAAUGACUUCUCGAUUCCAGGAACGAAGAACGCUUUCGGUCUUGAUCCUUCCGAAAGCAAUUUCGUGCGUCCCGGCAAGAGACCAAUGUCCUCGAUUUCUUGCACAAUCGCAGAGAACCCCGACGGCUCGCUCUACUUCGUUACAGGCUCUGCAGGAGGCAGUAGAAUCAUCACGGCGACGUUGCAGACAUUGUGGCAUGUUUUGGACCAGAACAUGACUGCUGCUGAAGCAUUGGCGGCACCGCGUCUGCAUGACCAGCUUUCUCCCAACUAUGUGAGCUUUGAGUAUGCAUAUGACAACCAGACAGUGGCGUACAUGAAGAGCUUGGGCCACAAUGUCACUUGGGUAGCACCAGGGCAGAGCACAGCACAGUGUUUGCGAGUGCUGAGCAACGGCACGUUUGAUGUUGCUAGCGAGCCUCGCCAGCUGAACUCGGGUGCAUAUGCUGUAUAA